AAUUUCAAUCACCUGACGAAGAGAUGAAAAAAAUUGUUCUUAAGGUUGUAAAACAAUGUGCCGCUACUGAUGGUGUACAACCACAUUACAUCAAGGAAGAAAUUCUUCCCGAGUUUUUUAAAAAUUUCUGGGUUCGUAGAAUGGCUCUUGAUCGUCGUAAUUACCGUCAAGUUGUCGAAACAACGGUAGAAUUGGCACAAAAGGUUGGCGUAACAGAAAUUGUGGGUCGAAUUGUAGAAGAUCUGAAAGAUGAGUCAGAACCAUAUAGAAAAAUGGUUAUGGAAACGGUUGAAAAAGUUGUAAGUCAAUUAGGUGCCGCAGAUAUUGACACCCGUUUAGAAGAAGUAUUGAUUGAUGGUAUUUUAUAUGCUUUUCAAGAACAAACAGUAGAAGAUAUUGUAAUGUUGAAUGGAUUUGGUACUGUGGUCAAUGCUUUGGGCUUACGUGUUAAACCUUAUUUGCAACAAAUUACCUCUACCAUUCUAUGGCGCCUUAAUAACAAAUCUGCAAAAGUUCGGCAGCAAGCUGCUGACCUUAUUUCUCGUAUUGCAGUUGUUAUGAAAACUUGCGGGGAAGAAAAACUUAUGGGACAUCUUGGGGUUGUACUUUAUGAAUAUUUGGGAGAGGAAUACCCAGAAGUACUUGGUUCUAUUUUGGGAGGCCUUAAAUCGAUAGUUAAUGUAAUUGGUAUGUCCAGUAUGACGCCUCCAAUCAAAGAUCUUCUUCCAAGACUCACACCUAUACUUAAAAAUAGACAUGAGAAAGUUCAAGAAUCAUGUAUUGAUCUUGUUGGUCGUAUAGCGGAUCGCGGUGCUGAAUUUGUCAGUGCUAGAGAAUGGAUGCGCAUCUGCUUUGAAUUGUUGGAUAUGCUUAAGGCUCACAAAAAAGGUAUACGUAGAGCUACUGUAAACACUUUUGGUUAUAUUGCGAAAGCAAUUGCCAUCGUUGCCGAAACUUGCGCUCCUUUCACUGUUUUACCAGCAUUGAUGAAUGAAUAUCGUGUUCCCGAGUUGAAUGUUCAAAAUGGUGUUCUUAAGAUGGGAAAAGAUUAUAUUUACGCCGUUACACCAUUAUUGGAAGAUGCAUUGAUGGACCGAGAUUUAGUGCACAGACAAACUGCAUGUACUACUGUAAAACAUAUGUCGCUUGGAGUUUUUGGAUUGGGAUGUGAAGAUGCUCUUCUUCAUUUGCUCAAUUAUGUUUGGCCUAAUAUUUUUGAAACUUCUCCUCACGUUAUUAAUGCCGUAAUGGAAGCUAUUGAAGGAUUGAGAGUUGCACUCGGUCCAACUACAGUAUUACAAUAUGUCUUGCAGGGUUUAUUUCAUCCUGCACGAAAGGUUCGCGAGAUUUAUUGGAAGAUAUAUAAUAAUUUAUAUAUAGGUGCUCAAGACGCCUUGAUUCCUUAUUAUCCACGUAUAGAAGAUGAUGAAAGAAAUAAUUAUGAACGAUAUGAACUGUCUAUGUGGCUAUAA